AAACUGCAACAAACAAACACAACAAAUAAAAAGAUAAAACGGAAGUAUAAAAUGGCUGUCUUAUUUGGUUUCUGGCAGCAAGAAUAUAAUAUUUAAUUAUAUUCGCUGGAAAAAGCAGUGACUGUGAAAAUGUGCUUUGAACGUGGCUUUGGAGCACAACGGCCAACCGAGAAAAUGUAGAAGUGGCUUAUUCGGUGUUGAUUCUAUUCUCGCAGAUAGAAAAUCGGUGCAAAGGAAAAAACAAAAAAUACAUUCAAACACACGAAUGUAAAUGUAAAGGAAAAAUUUCGAGAGCAGCAGCAGCAGCGGGAAGAGAGGACACACCACACCACUCGAUAAAGAUAAGCUCUCGGGGGUCUUCCAGGUCAAACCGCACUGAUACGGAUAUACUGGACUAAUACCACUGAACAGCUAUAGGCCACGGUGACUCUGCGGGGGAGCUACUUCUAACCGCCGAACAACCAGGUAGAGCGCUCGACCCGGCCGCCGAGCUUAUCAGCGAUUCAGGGCAGAGCAUGUCGCACGGCAGCGUCGGUGGAAGUGGCGGCAGUUUGGGCGCGCAAACGGUGGGUGCCGGCAACAUUGGUGGUGGUGCCGCGGCAGCAGCAGCAGCGGGCGGCGGCAACAGUGAAUACCGGGAGCUCCACUGGACAGUUUCGAGCGUGAUGGACUCAUCACGCGUUUCCACCUGCCUCAUCUCUAUGCUGCUGAUUGUGUACGGCAGCUUCCGGAGUCUCAACAUCGAACAGGAGGCACGCGAGCGGGAGCAAAAGAAGCGCAAUGAGUCCACAACGAAUCUCCUCACCGGGGAGCAUGUCGAAAAGGAGCCAAGCGCGCUGUGCUUCUUUACAGCAGAUAAAUUCGCCACACUAGAUACGAUGCAUGCCCUGUGCCUACCCCUAGGCGCCUCAAUAUCACUGCUCAUCAUGUUCUUCUUUUUCGACUCGAUGCAGCUGCUCUUUGCCGUGUGUACAGCAAUCAUUGCCACCGUGGCGCUAGCCUUUCUGCUUCUGCCCAUGUGCCAGUACAUUAUGCGUCCCUGCACGGACGGCAAACGUUUCUCAUUUGGCGUUUGUGGACGCUUCACGGGCGCAGAGCUCUUUAGCUUCAUGCUGUCUGUGUCGAUUGUAUGCGUUUGGGUGCUAACUGGCCACUGGCUGCUGAUGGAUGCAAUGGGCAUGGGUCUGUGUGUGGCUUUUAUCGCGUUCGUGCGAUUGCCCAGCUUGAAGGUGUCGACGCUGCUGUUGACCGGCCUGCUCAUCUAUGACGUCUUCUGGGUAUUCCUCUCCUCGUACAUUUUCAGUACGAACGUAAUGGUCAAGGUGGCCACGCGACCCGCUGAGAAUCCCGUUGGUAUAGUGGCGCGCAAACUGAAUUUGGGCGGCAUUGUUCGAGAUACACCGAAACUGAAUUUGCCGGGAAAACUGGUUUUCCCCAGCAUACACAAUACGGGCCACUUCUCAAUGCUCGGCCUGGGCGAUGUGGUGAUGCCCGGCCUCCUACUUUGCUUUGUGCUGCGCUAUGAUGCCUACAAAAAGUCACAGGGCGUCACCUCGGAUCCCACUCUAUCAACGCCAAGAGGUGUGGGCUCUAGGCUAACAUAUUUUCAUUGUUCCUUAUUGGGCUAUUUUUUGGGUUUGCUAACGGCCACGGUCAGCUCGGAGGUGUUUAAAGCAGCACAGCCGGCGCUGCUAUAUUUGGUGCCCUUUACGUUAUUGCCAUUGCUGCUGAUGGCCUAUCUAAAGGGUGACCUGCGGCGGAUGUGGAGCGAGCCGUUUAUCACGCACCCACCAUCAAAACAACUGGAAGUCUGAGUGUGUACUCUUAUCUACAAAUAGCAACAAGAACAACAACCACAAAACUACAAACAGUAACGUCAAACACAAACCCCACAUACACACCCAUAAGAAAAUUCAUUUUCUAAACAAUUUCGUCUCUAAAAUAACAUAUUGAGUAUGUAUUUUUUAAUUAUUCUGUACUAAGUUUCGUUCUAACUUAGGUGAUACUCGUUUUUCAUAGUGAAAUAAAAUUCAAAAAAUCGAGUAAUUAUAGUUGAUAGCAUUCAUUUCAAUUGGAUUCGAAUACACACCAAUCAAUCCAUGCAGAUAAUUGAUUUUGAUUGUAGAAGAAUAGAUCCAGCCUACAGUUCAUAGGCUUUACCACAUAUAAUAUCAUAAUUAUAACCCAUAGCGAGAGACUACGAGCAAGCAAGGAAAAGUGUUUGGGACUCGAGUUCUUAAGGAGAGUGUCGUACCUCGGGUAGACAAUUGAGAACCAGUAUUGCCGUUCUGUAAAUACUUAAGUUUAAAAACAAAACAAAAACCAAAUUUGCAUACACAAAAAUGAUUAAUGAAAUUCUUUAGAUAAGGAAACCACCAUGCAACAAAUAAUAGUCUGUAAGUUAGCCUUCACAAAUACACACACACAUUUCAUUUACCUGUGUUUUGUUCCAACAUUUCCGUCCCACACCGCAGAACCCCCCUGUCCUAUCCUACCACAGAGAUCCAUCUAAAGAAUUUUUGCCAAAAUGCAUGUGUUCGUUUU